AUGCAAAAGGUGGUUUGGACCACGAAUGACUCCUAUCGUGUUGUCCUUCGUGACGUCGAAGGCAUGGUAGGCGACAUAGCAAUGGAGAUUUGGAAUAAGCUGACGACAUUCUAUUGGCUUCAGUCUGCGCAGACAAGUGCUCCCCAUGCCCAUGAGAAGUCUUGUAUGUCUGGUGGUACUUUUGCAGCUAUAUUUGAACAAUGGCAUCGAAGUUCUGUCUACCCAAAUAUCGAAUUUGGCCAUUUCUUCGCAGCGCCCGUUCGAAUUACAGCUACAGGCCCAUCGAGCUUACCACAGAUUUUGAAGGCACAUUCAUCGCUCUGUGCCCAAGCACAGCACAUCUCGUUGGAUAUGGAUAACUAUUCGGUGCAUCCUCUUCUUCCUGCCGUUGUCCUUGUAUACGACCGAGUCACAGGAGUUGGAUGUGGGCCAGAUGGCUACGUCAGUCUUCGCGAAGUAGCGAGGACGCAGACUGUGCUGGUCAUUCUUACCGGAACAAAUCGAACCAGCACCGGUAUCCAUGUUACUCUGGAUCGUCUCAAACCAUUCGCUCUGCCCAUCGAAAGAGCCGAUGCCACUGGCCUUGAUAUUCUGCGAGUACCCCUGGAUAUCACUAUCGAUUUUGUCAUCGAGUUGGAGGGUAGUAUCGACGCGCAAAAGGAAACCAGCGGCCGAACUCUAGACACGAGUCUCUGUCAUCACCAAACACCCGUCGGAUACUAUCACGACAUCGCGUAUGAUUCAAGCAUAUGGGCUCAAACAAUGCGAGCAGAGGCAAUAAAAAUUGGGUUCAAAAAGCUGUGGGAUACGAAAUUUGCUGCCCCAGAGGUGGAAACCCUGAACUCACAUGCGUUCUUGGAUCAUCUUUUCACGUGGGAACGAGGCACACUCUCAGUGCAAGGCUUGAAAUUGGUUUAUUGGCAGUGGCGGAAGUGCUGGGGUGUUUCAAGCUACUACACCAUAACGUUUGCAAAAACGUCUUCACGAAACCCUCUUGAAGUUUACGAAUCCGCGAUUACGAACGAAAAGCGGCUAUGCAAGGAGCUCGCAGGUUUCGAAGCGCAACCACCUUUGCCCGCCUCGCUCGCAUCGUGCGGUUACCAGGUCCAGUCAGGGAGGUUAGCCUCCAACGCUGAGAAUUCUCUCCGACCAAUGCUACUAUCUUGCGUCAUUUUGAUCAGUAAUUCGACAUUAGUCGACGUUACGUCUGCGGAUGCAGUUAAAAACCAAUACUCCGCUUAUAGUAACUGGUUUGACCUAGACCAUAGACUUAUGGUCUGUAAUGAGAAUUCCAAAUUCAGGGAUACACACUCUGGGGACAAGAUGGUUUGGCUAUUGGAAGUGCUCUGGCAAUGUUGGAAGGGCACGGCGUUGGAAGUUGGAAAGCUGGCUUCAGAUCUGUGUGCAAUUAUCGAGUGCACCCGCCACGACAAUGGCUUUUACGCCAUUUUGGGAACUCCGAACGGGGCGAGCACGAUGAGAAUGCUUCGUGACCACCGGACAGAGCUAGGGCACCGCAUCGUCGAGAAGAUCGUGGUUUUCGGUAAUAAGAACCUUACGAUGAAAAUGGGAGAAACUUGGACGAGAUACUACGAGAACUGCGUCGUGUGUCUCGUCCAGUUGCUUCAAAUUUUGAGAGACGAAAACGAAAGUCACCUGAACCUCGCCCGACCAGGCCUGACAGUCUUCAAGCUCGUCCAAGCUGAGAUCGAUCUCUACAGUCGCAUUGUCAAGAAUGUUUGUGGCGACCACGUCUACUGUAGAUUCAAAUUCGACGGCUUUUUCCAUUCGCUAGCGGGCACACAACAGUUCACUGUCUGGAUUGAUGGUGAAGACGCUCUAUAUGUCUUCAUCGCACGCUCUUUGUUGCAGGCGCUGUGUGGGCGCAAGGAGGAAACUUACUUAGAGCCACUCCGUGAGCAUGCAGCAAUCUGGUUCUACGAAUAUGUCAAGCAUUUUGUGGAGAAGCUGGACUACUUUGAGCCUGAUCGCAAGCAUCUUUCCAUAAUUGAUGCCAAACUUUCUUGUGUUCUUUACGACAUGAACGGGAUCGAUCUCUGGCUCUCAACAUGA